AAUUUGUCCACAGAAUCAAUAUUAAGCAAAAUGGGGAGCAGCGAAGGUCAACAAACUUUUUGCUUGAAGUGGAAUCACCACAAGACCAAUCUGGUGGAAAUCUUGGAAGCCCUGAUAAAGGUAGAGACCUACGUGGACUGCACGCUGGUGGUCGACGAUCAGGUCACAUUUAAGGCACAUAGAGUCGUCCUAGCCGCCAACUCUCCUUACUUUCAAUCGAUCCUGGCUGAUGUGCCGAUGGAUCACUGCAGUAUUCUCUUCCCCGGAGUGAAAGACUUCGAGAUGAGGGCCCUCCUCGAGUACAUGUACACGGGCGAGGUCAACGUAACGCAGGCGCACAUUCCUAGAAUCAUGAAGGUGGCGGAGCAGCUGGAGGUGAAGGGGCUGUUCGAUAUGACGGAGCUGCGGCGGCCGGGCGGCAGUGAGCGCGCGGCCGGCACGUCCCCGCCGCGCGUGGCGGCGGCCGCGCCGUCCUCCGCCUCCCCGCCCGCGCCCGCUCCCGCGCCUCCUGCGCGCUGGCCGCCGCCACCUGCCAACAACCCGCCCGUGCUCUCUGCCGCGUACGACUCCGCCGACAUGAACCCGCUCAAACGGAAGAAGCUGUCCAGCAUGCUGGCCACUCGCGACACACCUAUUCUGAGAAACGUCCUCGCUCAAACGACCCCCGUAGAUUCCUCGCAGCCGAUAUCUUUAGUGUGUCAUCCGGUCAAUCAGCAUGCCCCACCUCGAAUGCACUCCAAUGGAUCUGCACACGAUUCGGAACGAGCCUCCAGUCCCCAACGACCCUUCGACUACCGCCCCCGCCGCCUUUCAUCGAGAGCCUCUUCGCCCCAUUACAAUCGUUCGGACCGUUCGGAAGACGCCCACUCUCCUUACACGGAACGGUCGUUCGAGGAGGACCACCCACGCACUUUCCACCCGUCCCCACCACCGAAUAAUUUCCAACAGGACGUUCGAGCUGGAUUAGCACCUUACGUACCCCCGCAACAGAAACCGGAAUGGAAAAGAUAUAAACAAUAUACGAGAUCCGAUAUCAUGUCAGCUAUUGAAUGCGUAAGGAAUGGUAUGAGUGCCUUACAAGCCUCUCGCAAAUACGGCGUUCCUUCGCGUACACUAUACGAUAAGGUGAAGAAGUUAGGUAUAACGACUAGUCGUCCUAUGAGUCGUGGCAUCAAGCGAGAAUCAAACGGUGCCGCCUUCCCUUACGGAUUGAGUGGUACGGGAGGCAAUGACGAAGGAACUCCGGCGACACCCCUCAUCGAUCCGUCUUUCUUACAACAAGCGUUAGAAGGUGCGACCAGAGAUGGUGGGCGGGAAGCUCUACAUGCGAUGGCUCUGGCGGCGGCAGCGCACGCAGCGCUGGCGCCCCGCACGCCCCCGCGGUCACCUCCGCACAGUCACUCUCCUCCGCCGGAUGAUGACCACGUUGAAGAUCUCUCCAUAUCUCGACGUCGUGACCCCGAUCCACCCUCAGGAGUCAUUGUUCCGCCGCGUAACUUCGCCCUCGAUUGCAGCAGCGAGAGAGAUUGAGCUAUGUUAUGCCGCCGGAAGAGGACAUUCAUAAGACUG